UAAGAAAACUCAAAGUAGAAGCAAAAAUGAGUCCUCCGUCUAUCAUUGUUCAUCUUGUUAUCGCAGUUUUCGUGGUAGCUUUAAGCUUAUCAUCCACAUCUGCUGAAGGCUACGACGAGUACUAUUCUCCUCCACCACCUGUUUACUACUCUCCUUGUCCACCCGUCAAAUACUCUUCUCCACCACCUGUCAAAUACUCGCCUCCACCUCCUAAGAAAGACGACGAAUACAAAUCUCCUCCACCACCGUCGCCAAAGAAGUCUCCUCCACCAAAAAAGACACCCCCUCCACCAGAGGUAAAGAAGUCUCCUCCGCCACCACCUCCACGAAAGAAGCCACCCCCUCCACCAGCACCGAAGAAAUCGCCUCCUCCACCGCCACCACGAAAGAAGUCCCCUCCACCGCCAUCGCCAAAGAAGUCUCCUCCACCGCCACCGCCAAAGAAGUCUCCUCCACCACCGCCAAAGAAGUCGCCACCCCAACCAGAACCAAAGAAGUCUCCUCCACCACCGUCGCCCGUGUACAAGUCGCCUCCUCCCCCACCAUCGCCUUACUACUACUAGGCCAAUAAGGACUCAUUAUAAGGAAAAAGAAUAAAUAAACAAAGGCAUUUGAAUUAAGUUCAAUAAAGGAGACGACCAUAUCAUAUAAUCUCAUCUAUUUGCUUCUAUCAUCUAUGGCUUUCAUUAAAUAAAAACCUUCCUAUACUUCCUAUUGUACCACACAUUGCAAUAAUAAUAUAAUAUUUACUUUCAAAUA